UAUCGAUUCUUGGACAGUUGGCUAAUAAAAGUGCCUUUGGAGCCUGAAGUAGUAUACAGUAUGCUCCCGCGGGAGGACUCUCUACACCAGACCUAUGAAGCAUACAAAAUCAGUAACCUAAGGCUCCCUUAAUGACGUAGUGGCCCAACCCAUUGAAUUAACCAGCCCUAACCUCAUCUUCUCCAUGCCCAAAUCUGGAGGGAAUUUAUCUUCAAAACUUGGGGCAACCACUCUCUCUCUCUCUAGAGAGAGACAGAGAGAGAGAGGCUAGGGUUUCAAUUUAAACAUUAGAUAGUGAGAAGCUCGAAGGCUAGGGUUUCAAAUCUAGCAUCGGGUUUUUUCGUUGUUCAUGUUGCAGAAACAUGAAUGAGGAAAAGAAGGUGAUCCUGAGGAGCUCAGAAGCCAAGGCCUUCGAGGUCGAUGAGUGCGUGGCUAUGGAAUCACGGAUGAUCAAGGGCAUCAUCGAGGAAGGGAUUACGGAGUUUGGGAUCCCUCUCCCCAAGAUUUCAAGCAAAAUCCUUGCCAUGAUCAUCGAUUAUUGUAAAUUUCACGUUGAAUCUAAAAUGAAACUCAGGUCCUUGACCAUGGACGCUUCUGAAAAGAAGUUGGAGAAGUUUUCUGAUGAAAUGGCUGAAAUGGAAGGAACACGGAAGAAAAGGAAGGUACAGAUUGAUAAAGAGGAGAUGCGCCAGAAAUUUGCAGUGGAUAGGGCCAAGAAGCUUCAAAAGAGCAGGGCUCAGAGGGCUUUGAAGGCGAUCAAUGUUUGGGAUUCAAAAUUUGUCAAUGUUGAUACUGAUACACUUUAUGAUCUCAUUGUGGCUGCGAAUUUUCUUGAUAUACCAGAUUUGAUGGAUCUGGCUUGCCAAACUGCGGCGAAUAUGAUUAAGGGGAAGACUCCUGAAGAGAUUCGAAAGACGUUCAACAUUGAGAAUGAUUUCACUGCAGAGGAAGAGGAAGCGAUGAGGGAUGACAGAGAGGGCCUUUUUGACUAAGGGUGGUGGAAGCCAUUUCAGAUAUUCUUCUCUUUCUAAUCAUGCCAUGGUGGCCUUAGAAAAUUCGCAGCAAUAGUAGAAUUAUUAGUCAUUAUGCUGAAUUUGCGUAGACCAUUUUUACUACCGUGUAUAUUGGUGAUCAUCAUUCAUUUGCUUUUGUAAAUAGGCUUGGGUCUCAGUGCCUGCCAUAAUUGUUGCCCAUGGUUCAUCUGCUUUUAUAACUCCACUAGAGUCCUGAAGCGAUGCCCCCUCUCUCAAUUGGAGGAGCUUGUCUAUGCCAAGUGUGUGCAUGUGUGCAUGUAUAGUGAAAGGAAAGUGUGUGUACAUGCAAAGGCAUGCACAGAUGUGCUUAUGAUUGGGGUUCAAGUACAGUUGGUUGAUGAGAAUGCACACCAAGAAGGCAAAAAUGAAAAUAACAACAUGUAGCUUCUUCUGGAUUAGAUAAUAUUUUGAUGGAUCAAGCUCCGACUAUUUUGGAUUUUCAAG